AUUCGUUAAGAUUAUCCCGUGUUUUCGAGUCGCGAGUAACAACUUGUCACUCGUAUGACGGAAAGUUUCUUAUGUCAGCGAUGCCGACCGACACCUGCGAGACACGGUCGUAUCCCGUGGCACCGCAUCCACCAACAGGUUUUGUUCCGGCCCCAGCUCAACCUGCUACUUAUGGUGGUACGCUUGCAGGCGCAGCACCAUAUGGAGUAUUUCCAAAUCAACCCCAAUUAUACGCAGCGCAAGGACCACCGCCGCCAACAUAUGAUCAGACUCUCACACAUCCCAUGAUGUAUCAACCAAUGUAUGGUCAAGGAUAUCCUGGUGGAUAUCUGGCAGGUUAUCCUACUGCGUAUGGUCCAUUGCAAUAUUAUCCACCAUUAGCUGCGGCUGCGGCAUAUUAUCCAGCAGCUGCCAUGCAACCUGCACCGGUUAGGCCCACGAUCAUGGUACCUAAUGGAUUCGAUGGUACUCGAUUCGAUGGUAUCUCACAGCCCGUUUUGCCACCACCACCACCGGGUGUUGCUGCGAAUGCUGCACAAUUAGCUGCAAUGGCGGGUCACAGUGUGGCCUUGUCGCAAAAGAAAGGCUCGUUCCUAGGAGGAGGAACGGAGGGCGGUUACACCUUUUGAGUUAUCGAGUGAAUACGUGCACGCAGCGGAUGCGAGUUGUCUCAUUCGCCUACAGGGAUCGAUAUUCAAAGUGUGUUCUAAGCCUUUUUUAAGCGCGACUUGGUUUCCUGCAAGGUUGGCAGGAGAGCAAAAGGGGGCUACUCGCAUGAUUUCCGUUAUUUUCCACGACCGGUUUUGUGAUCGUUCCCACUGGCGUUCUAUCUACGAACGACAGAGAGAUAUCGAUCGAUUUUGCAAAGUAGACUCGUCGUUACUUUGCAAAAAAUCGUUGAGUGGCCCUGAUGUGUUUAGGGAAAAAUACCUAAGUGAUAUAUAAGAGCGUAAAUAAACGGAAUGCGUGAGAAUCGUUCGUGAUUGUAAUCGGUGUGCUAUUAUGAUACUGAGUCUUUUAUUUCGCAUACUUUGUUUUUUGUUUUUCCUCCUUUUUUUUAUGAGGUACUAUUCUUUUCGAUCCUUCAUCGUUAUGGCGCGUAAAUAGUGUAAUCGAUUUUUGGAAUGUGUUACGACGAACGUUGCCCGAGGCUCGAGUGCCAAAAAAAAAGAGACGAUAACGAAGCGAUCGGAGAUUCUCGCGUGUUCGACAACUACAUAGAUACUUACUACUCUACGUAAAAGUACGCACUCUAUUCUUUAAAAUCAGUAGGAAGUCCCUUCCCUCUAGUUGUUUUCAUAUUUCUUUAUUAUUUUUUUUUUUUUUUUUUUCUUUUUAAAGUUAUUAUUUAAUGAAAAACGAAAGUCUUGCCCGCGGCGCUCGGAUUUAUUCGCACUGGUCAAUAAAGCUAUUGUUGAAACAGUUACCAUGAAAGUAUAUAUAUAUAUAUAUAUAUAUACAUAUAUAUAUACACGAGAUGAUUCAGAUCAUUCUCUAUACUCGAACAUUUUUCUUCGAUCAGGAUAAGGAAAAUGGUAACAUAAAAGUAUAAUAAGAAAAGGAAACAUAAGAAUUCUAUCUGUUAUCGACAAUCUUACUAUCUCUCUUUCUUUUUCUAUAAAUAUAUAUAUAUAUUUCUUUUUCUAUAAAUAUAAUACAUAAAUACAUGCAUACAUACAUACAUUCAUACACAUAUGUAAUAAAUAACGUGGCAACUGCUUUCGACGAGAGCUCGCGAAGUUGUAACAGAUUAGUUGUCUCAGCAUUUCAAAGUACAAAUCGAACGCGCGUGGAUACAGACGAAAAAAUACCUAACGACGCGGUCAAGCUUCGAAGUCAGCCAUAUUAGGCGAGUCUCGCAAUUUAUUACGUCGGUAGCGACGCAGUGAAUUCGUACUGCCGAGAAUGUUAUAAUUAAAUGAUGCAAAAUAGUUGAAAAAUUGACAAAACAAAAAGAAAAGAAAACAAAACGAGGAAAGAAACUCGCGCAAAAAAAAAAUAAAAAAAAUCUUUAAGAGAUUAAUAACCUUUUUGGAUGAUACGUUUCUUUUUUGUGAAGAAGAUAGGCGAAAAAUUUUCAGAAGAUCCUAAAAAACAAUGGCGGUCACGCAGCUACGAAACGACUGCUUUGCUCCGCGAUAAUAGCAUAUAGUAAACAGUGUGGGCCUGCAGAAAGGACUCCGCGUGUUCCAUUUGCAGGCACACCAUUAAACACGAUAUUAAUUAAGCAAUGAAGAUCGAAGGAGCUAAUUUACAAUCGGUGAUAGCUUAGGAUAGGACCAAGAGACGCAGUUCUAUUUAGACAUUUUUGAAAUCGGUAUUCCGGCAAACUUGACCAGUACUCUCAUUACGUUUCAGACUGGACUUUUACGAGAAUAGAUAUCGAAAGUGUGUUGUUUUAAACGUCGUGGAUUGUUUUCGUAUCGCUAACUUAAAAAAAUACAAAAACAAAAAAAAAAUAAAAGAAAAGAACGCUUGAAACGAAUUCUUUGACCUUACGACGCGAACGAUAUUUUCCCGUUUAAAUGUGAAUUUCUUAUAAUAAUGUUAGAAAGAAAUAUUUACAAACAAGAACUCCGAAGUUAAUCCGCUUAGUUACGAAUUCGUAAACAGACGCGGUGAAGAAAAACUAUCCACGAUUGUUAAUCAGCAUGUACCUUUAUGUUUUCGUUACUGUUCGUGUAGACAUUCGAUGUGAUAUGAAGCAGCAUAAAUUCAUUUUAUCUUCGCGAAAUUUACGAUUAGACGAUUUCUUGCUCGAAUUGUGUAAUAUGAUCGAGAUCGGUAUUGAUGUACCAUUGCAAAGAGUACAUACUUAUUCGCAGUUGGCCAAAUUUAUAAAAAAAAACUAUAACAGAAUUAGAAUUUCCUUUAUAUCUUUUUAUUCUUUUCUUCUUUACCAGACGUACCUAGGGGAAAAAAACAAAAAGAAAAAGAAAAAAAAAAGAUAACUCUGAGAUGUGACUAGCGUUAAAUGAAGAGGAAGCGCAUAAUUUCAAUGAGAUACUGAAAAGAAAGAAUCUAGUCCGAAGAGUCUGACUGAUUGGGGGUCUGACUGAGAAUGGAACUUUAUUCAGUAGAUCUUUCAUCUCAAUCGGUACGACAAUAGGGUGCGAAAUAAAUAACGCAGCAUUCACUUAUAAUACUAUAUACUUUCAGUAAUCCAAGAUUUGACAUUUUCCAAAACUCAUGCCAUUCCACUACGCGACAUUAAAAUAUAUUUGAAAUGUAGACGUACACGUGCGCAAACCGCGUGUACGCACACACAUAUACAAUAAUCGCAUUUGGUAUAAUAAAAAUAAAUAAAAAAAAAGAACAUGUGUACGCGUACGAAAGAGAAUGUUCACGUCACUAUCGUUAGAGAUGUGUGUGAGAUACUCUCGACAAACAUUUACGUGUCUGCAUAUCAGCGAAGAGAGCGCGUCUUCGUUCCUAAUCAACAUUGCGCAAUAACAAUGCACCACGCCUCUCACAGCCUUUCUCGGGUUGGAGUAAAAAAAUCGAACAGCUUAAUUUAAUGUAUGACUAUAUUAUCAAAUAGAUAUUAAAAAUGCAAAAAACAAAACUGGCCCAAUAUCGAAUUUUCAUAGGAACUCAUACGCAAGCCGAAAGAAAACGAAAUAUAUUGCGUUGAUAUUUAUAAUUAAAUUAUUAUUAUUUAAAUAAUUUCUUUGCAGAUUUCUACAUAUUAGAUCAGAAUUCUUGCGAUAUAUUUUGAUCAAUUAUUUGUACUGAGCGAGAGUGGUGGAAAGGUUUUAUAUCAUGGAAAAGUGUGCAAUAAGCGUAAUGUCUAUUGUAACAAUAAAGAAAAGAUAUUGAUUGCAACAGUGAAUUUGUUAUUAUGUUGAGAGAAAAAAGAGAAACGAAAAUGUAUUGGUGCAAUGAACGAAUGUACCAGUUAAUAAAUACCAUGAUCAUGCA